GCGGUCUCUCCCGGUGGACACAGUGCCCCCGCUCACGUGGAGGUAAUUUGAGCAGACAGCAGUUAACUCGAUCUGCCUGCCUGACUGACAGACAGCAACACUCUGGAUUUACACGGAGACCGAGGAACUACACCGCACAAACAGCAUAAUAACUGAUAUUUGUCGUGUAAAAGAGUAUAAAUACUCACUGUUUUGAAGGCCUGUCGGUUUGUGGGUCGCCAUGAGGGCCCUGGACUUGCUCCUGCUGUUAUGUUGCUUGUGUGGCCUGUACGCGGUGGGAGGUGCGUCGGAGGGGGAGAAGCAGCUGAUUAAAGACCUGUUCAACAACUACAACCUGAAGGUUCGCCCUGCGGCCUCACCUGGCGCCAAGGUGGUGGUCCGGAUUGGCAUGAUCCUCUCCUCCUUCGUCAGCCUGAACAUGAAGGCAGAAGAGAUGAGCACAAUCGUUAUCAUGAACCUGGAGUGGACAGACCACCGUCUCUCCUGGAAACCUAAAGACAAUGACGGGAUCGAGGUGAUGAGACUUCCUGCUGGGAAGGUCUGGCUGCCUGACAUCGUCCUCAUCAACAAUAAUGAUGGUGUGUUUGAUGUGGCCCUCCAUGUCGCUGUCCAGGCCUAUAGUAGUGGGAGGGUGACCUGGUCUCCCCCUGCCCUCUUCUGCAGUUCCUGUGGGGUCAAGGUGACAUACUUCCCAUUUGACUGGCAGAACUGCACCAUGGUGUUCAAGUCUUACACCUACGACUCAUCAGAGGUGGACCUGCAGUACGCUCUGGAUGACCAGGGCAAAGAGAUCAAAGAGAUCCAAUAUGACGGAGGCUUCAGUGAGAGUGGUGAAUGGUACAUCCGCCACCAGCCCAGCAGGAAGAAUGAGAUCCGUGAGGACCUGUAUGAAGACAUCACCUUCUACCUGAUMAUCGAGAGGAAGCCUCUCUACUAUGUCUUCAACAUCAUCAUCCCCUGUAUCCUCCUCACCUGCAUAGCCAUCUUCAACUUCUACCUGCCGCCCGACGCUGGUGAGAAGAUGGGUCUGUCCAUCAACGUUCUGCUCACCCUGACUGUGUUCCUGCUGCUGCUAGCUGACAAGGUCCCCGAGACCUCCCUGGGUGUCCCCAUCAUCGUCAACUACCUCAUGUUCACCAUGAUCCUGGUCACCGUCUCAGUCAUCCUCAGUGUGGUGGUCCUCAACCUGCACCACCGGUCCCCUUCCACACACCACAUGCCCAUGUGGGUCCGCAAGAUCUUCAUCCACAUGCUGCCCCCCUACCUGGGCAUGCUGCGGCCCAAGGUGGAGAUGCCCCUCUCCUUGGACCAGCCCCCCAGGAGGGAGAAGAACAAUAUGACUAUCAGCCGCGCUGCCGACGAGUACUUCAUACGCAAGCCCAACACCUGCUUCCUCUUUCCCAAACCCAACAGGUACCAGUCUGAGGGCAUGUGUACUGACCUGAGGAAGUUCAUCGACGGGCCCAGCCACUACCUCACUCUGCCUCCGGAGCUCAAGACUGCCAUCGAGGCCAUCAUCUACAUCGCUGAGCAGCUACAGGCUGAGAAGGACUUUGCCGCUCUGAGGGAGGACUGGCAGUAUGUAGCCAUGGUUGUGGAUCGCAUGUUCCUGUGGAUCUUUGUGGUCUUCACUACUGUGGGAACCCUGGGCAUCUUUGCCAACGCCAGCUUCAACCACACCCCCAGCGACCCCUUUAAGUACCCCUAACGUGGGACACACACUCCACGUAUGCAUGAACACACACAAGAUCCCAAACUUUACCUCACUGAAACCCCAGAAGCCUUGACAGUUGCCCAAGCCUCCAAAACAGACAUGCGUAGCGGGAUCCUCUACAGGCUUGUCCACUCCACUUUUCUUACCAAAGAUGCCUUGGACAUAGCUACUCUAUACUGUACAUUGAAGGGUUUCUUUUUCUAUAUCUGCUGUGCUGAAGUGUGACAUUGCUGUAGUUCUGGGGCAGUAGGAAUCAAGCGUCUCAGAGUAGGAGUGCUGAUCUAGGAUCAGCCCCCACCCCCCAGUCGAUGAAAUCUUACUCAUUAUGUUCUAAAAGGCUAAACUGAUCCUAGAUCAGCACUUCUAUUGUGAGAUGCUUUCUGAAUACGGGCCCUGGUUUUACUAAUAUAUAUUUAUUGAUUGCUAUAUGUUUGGUGGGAGGAUAAAGACAGUGAAAACCAGAUACUAUAAAAUACCAAGUGUAUGCAUUUAAUUUACCAGAGUGAGAAUGUGUGUUUGGCAUGUAUACUAUAUGUACCUUUGGUCAUCCUUUGUGUAGUUUAGUGUGUGUGAAGUCUAUUCUUUUAUUCAGGAGUAGAAUAGCACAAACACACACACACAUAUAUAUAUAUAUAUCUAUAUAGUAAUGGGAAUUCCACAGGCAGUUGGUAUAGCUGGUGAAUACUGUGUGUAUAUAUAUUCCCAUUACUGUAGAAAUCUGUACCACACAAACACCUAUCUCAAUCACUAUUUCUCUCUUCUCUCCCAUACACACACACACACCUGUCUGUGACGCUUGUCGUGCUUUUGUUUUGUUUUUUUAAAUAAAUAUCUGAGAUGAGUCAAAUCAAAGGCUCCAUCUGUUGUCACAAUGCA